CAGCAGUGAAACUGAAAUUCUUGUGGCUGUGGUGCUCACCCAUUCGCGCAAACUUACUCUUAUCCAAUUAUUGAUAUUCCAAAAUUUCCAAGAUCAUGCAAAUUCUUUCUACGAACCCUUUCAUUUCCUGCGGAGUUUUCUAUCUUUCACAGCUUCCUACGUGUACGUGUGCCUUUUUCCACCUCUGUUUUCUGAGGCAGCGAAUCACAGCACACUCAAAAGAUCAAUUAUUUCUUUUGUUUUCUUUCACCAUACUUCUAAUUCUUUUGCGUGUCUAUAAGCGGAACAAACAAACGCAAGUAAGCUUUCUCAACUUGUGUUUCAUUGCUUUGUAAGCACUGCCACUAUGCUGGAGUCUUUAGCUUGGUGCCAAAGCUUUAAGGGAUAUGACCUUACCAAACAGAAGAGUCCGGGUUACUCUCAUACUAUUUCUCGAGUUUAUAGAAAUUCUAUUUUUGUGCUUUAUUCUGUCAACAAGAAAGUGCCGGUACUGCCACAUGGUGCUAAUCAUGGGAUAUUUCAUGGGAGUUCUGUGUCAGAAAAUUUCUUUAAAAAGCCUCCUCUCUAUGCCCCUUUAAGUUCUGGUUGGAAAGGUUUGUAUAGGCCACGUUGGGAACGGCUGCAAACAAAUGUAGCCUAUGAUGUUGCUGGAGCUGUUGAUGUAAUCAAUGAUUUAGGAUUGGACACUCUUACCUUCUUGGCUGUGACAGUCAUAAUUGUGCCUGUGUUCAAGUCACUGAAAGCCAGUCCUAUACUUGGCUUCUUUUGUGCUGGUGUGGUACUCAAUCAGUUUGGUUUAAUUAGAAACCUUACAGAUGUUAAAGUUUUAUCCGAAUGGGGGAUUCUUUUCUUGCUGUUUGAGAUGGGUUUAGAGCUUUCACUUGCACGUCUAAAAGCUCUCGCAAAAUAUGCUUUUGGAAUGGGAUUGGCUCAGGUUUUACUGUCUACUUUAGCAUUUACUGCUUUUGAGCUUCCUCCAAAUGGAGCUGUUGGAACAAAAAUUUUGGAAUUCCUUUUCCACUCUAGGCCUGACCUGGUGAACAUAAGGAGUGUCGAUGAAGCUGUAGUAAUCGGUGCUGCUCUCUCUCUGUCAUCAUCUGCAUUUGUUCUACAGCUUCUUGCAGAGAAAGGUGAGCUUCCUACAAGAUUUGGUUCAGCAACUCUUGGAAUACUUCUUCUGCAGGACUUAGCCGUUGUUCCUCUUUUAGUCAUACUUCCAAUACUAGAGAGCCAGAAUAUAACUGAGGGGAGUAUUUGGCCCACGCUUGCUCAAGAAAGUUUAAAAGCUUUAGGUGGAUUGGGUCUUCUUUCUCUUGGGACAAAGUACAUUCUCAGAAGAGUUUUUGAGGUUGUUGCAGAUACAAGGAGCUCAGAGGCUUUUGUUGCUCUUUGCUUGCUGACAAUUGCUGGAACUUCUCUAGGCACACAGAAUUUGGGCUUUAGUGACACGCUUGGGGCUUUUUUAGCUGGGGCUAUUUUGGCAGAGACAAACUUCAGGACCCAGAUUGAAGCUGACAUAAGACCAUUUAGAGGCUUGCUGCUUGGAUUGUUUUUUCUAACUACGGGAACUUCAAUUGACAUGCAGCUCCUUUUACGAGAGUGGCCAAAUGUACUUUCACUCUUGGGAGGUUUAAUUGUUAUAAAGACACUGAUCAUAACUGCAAUUGGUCCUCGUGUUGGGCUUACUUUACAAGAAAGUGUAAGAAUAGGAUUGCUUCUAUCCCAAGGAGGCGAAUUUGGAUUUGUUGUUUUCUCUUUAGCAAAUAGGCUUGGGGUGCUUCCUCUUGAGCUCAACAAGCUACUCAUCAUUGUUGUUGUAUUGUCGAUGGCAUUAACCCCAUUUCUGAACGAAGCUGGAAGAAGGGCUGCUAGUUUUAUAGAAGAAAAAUCUGAUGCUGAGAAUAACGAGAAAGCUUUGGAGACUGUUAACUUCAAUGCUAGUGAACCUGUUGUUAUCCUUGGAUUUGGACAAAUGGGCCAGGUCCUUGCCAAUUUCCUGUCCAAUCCAUUAGCUUCAGGAGAAGGUGAUGAAGUAGGAUGGCCUUAUGUGGCAUUUGAUCUGGACCCCAAUGUAGUAAAGACAGCUAGAAAAAUUGGCUUCCCUAUAGUCUAUGGGGAUGGAUCACGUCCUGAUGUUCUUCAAUCUGCUGGUGUCUCUUCUCCCAAAGCUUUUAUGAUUAUGUACACCGGAAAGAAGAAGACAAUUGAUGCUGUUCAGAGGCUAAGAUUGACAUUUCCGGCGAUCCCAAUCUAUGCCAGAGCUCGUGAUCUAAAGCAUCUAUUAGAUCUGAAAAAGUCAGGUGCAACAGAUGCCAUUUUGGAAAAUGCAGAGACUAGCUUGCACCUGGGUUCUAAGCUGCUGAAAGGCCUUGGUGUGAUGUCUGAUGAUGUAGCAUUUUUGAGUCAGCUAAUAAGAGAUUCCAUGGAGCUCCAAGCUCAAGAAGCAGUCGGCCAACCUGAAAAUCGUGGAUUAGAUAUUAUGAAACCACUGCAGGUGAAAGCUUCUGACUUGAGGGAAGCACGUGUUCCUGUGGCAGUAACUUCACCAGAAUCUGAAUUAUCAGAAAUGAAUCAGAAAGAUCAAGCUUCAUCAGUUAGAAAUGAAAGGGAAGUAGAUCCAGAAGAACAAGAACAUGAACUUAGUGAAGCUGUGAAAUUAGAAGGAAAUGGUGUUUUACUUAGCAAACAAAAUAGUGAAGAAAGCGCUGAGGAGCCCUGAACAGGGUUUCUUCCCAGUUAUUUUUCUCUUCUAACCCCAAUAAAUUCUGAAAGAUUCAGGAAGUUUUCAUUUUCAUUGCAGAGCUAACAAUAUAUGUAUAGGAAAUAUCCCAAUGCCUUGUAGAACAGCAUCAUUCCAACUCUGAUGCUCACUUCAAUUCUUUUGAGAGCCACAAAAUGUAUAGUGAUUUAACACCUCUAAAAUAGUUUUUAUUUCUUCUGGGAAGUCAUGAACAGUUUAAGGUGGUAUAAACUUCUGAAAAUAAUAGGGUCCUACUUGUUAAAAUUA